AUGGGUGUAAACUCUAACAGGGUUGAAGAUUUCUCUAGCCAUAGUAGUAGAAGUCUGAAGGUUUCAACAGAGAUACCAAUGCCAGCAGCAGAGCCAAUGGAGAUACACAAAGUUUGCCUGCCACCAAAGAAAACCACUUUCCAGAAGCUAAAACACGGGCUUUCUGACAUAUUUUUCCCUGAUGAUCCACUCUUCAGAUUCAAGAAGCAAACAUGGUGUAAGAAACUGGUUUUGGGACUACAGUUUUUGUUCCCAAUAUUCCAGUGGGCUCCUGAAUAUAAUCUCAGUCUUUUUAAGUCUGAUCUCAUCUCUGGUCUUACCAUUGCCAGCCUUGCAAUCCCACAGGGAAUCAGUUAUGCAAAGCUUGCAAAUUUGCCACCUAUUGUUGGAUUAUAUUCAAGCUUUGUUCCCCCGUUCAUGUAUUCUGUCCUGGGGAGUUCUAGACAUCUUGCUGUUGGUCCAGUGUCCAUUGCAUCCUUAGUCAUGGGCACAAUGCUGAGUGAAAGUGUUUCCCCUGUUGAAGAGCCAAUUCUCUACCUUAAAUUAGCCUUCACUGCUACCUUCUUUGCUGGUUUAUUUCAGGCAUCUUUGGGUCUGUUGAGGUUAGGCUUCGUGAUCGACUUUCUGUCCAAGGCAACUCUUGUUGGUUACAUGGCUGGAGCGGCAGUCAUUGUGUCAUUACAGCAGCUGAAGGGGUUGCUUGGAAUUGUUCAUUUCACAGGCAAGAUGCAAUUCAUUCCUGUUAUGACCUCUGUAUUUGACCACAGAAAAGAGUGGUCCUGGCAAACUAUUGUAAUGGGAUUCAGCUUCCUUUUGUUUCCGUUGACAGCAAGGCAUAUCAGCAUGAGGAAACCAAAGCUUUUCUGGGUCUCAGCAGCCGCCCCAUUAACAUCAGUGAUUCUCUCAACGCUUUUUGUCUUCUGCAUUAAAUCAAAAGCUGGUGGAAUCUCAAUUAUUGGCCACUUGCAAAAAGGCUUGAAUCCACCUUCAUCGAACAUGCUAUACUUUAACGGCCAAUAUCUGGAAUUAGCUAUCAAGACUGGCAUUGUCACUGGGAUCCUGUCCCUCACUGAAGGAAUUGCAGUUGGAAGGACAUUUGCUUCUCUAAAGAACUACCAAGUUGAUGGAAACAAAGAAAUGAUGGCUAUCGGUCUCAUGAACAUGGCUGGUUCUUGCACUUCAUGUUUUGUUACAACAGGAUCAUUUUCUAGAUCAGCAGUAAGUUACAAUGCUGGAGCACAAACAGCAGUUUCUAACAUUGUACUAGCCACAGCAGUGCUUGUGACUCUGCUGUUUCUCAUGCCACUAUUUUACUACACCCCUAAUGUCAUCUUAGCAGCCAUCAUCAUAACAGCAGUGAUAGGGCUUAUUGAUUAUCAGGCAGCAUACAGAUUGUGGAAAGUUGACAAACUCGAUUUCUUGGCUUGCGUUUGCUCCUUCUUUGGGGUCCUUUUCAUUUCUGUUCCUCUGGGACUUGCCAUUGCAGUUGGAGUUUCUGUAUUCAAGAUUCUCUUGCAUGUCACCAGACCAAACACUAUGGUCUUGGGGAAUAUUCCAAGAACACAGAUAUACCAAAGCCUCAACCGAUACAAAGAAGCUUCAAGGAUCCCUUCGUUUCUUAUACUGGCCAUUGAAUCUCCAAUCUACUUUGCAAAUUCAACUUAUCUACAAGAAAGCUGUCACAGCCAUAGAUACAAGUGGCAUCGACAUGGUAUGCGAACUGAGAAAAAUGGUAGAGAAAAGAUCACUCCAGCUUGUGUUGGUAAACCCUGUGGUAAGUGUGAUGGUGAAAUUGCAUCAGUCCAAAAUCUUAGAGUCCUUUGGAAAGAACGCAUUCUAUCUCACAGUGGGGGAAGCAGUAGGAGACAUCUCAGCUUCAUGGAAGCUUCAGCCAUGACAAUAUAG